CAUUGCUUGUUUUUUUUUUUCCCGCCAACAAACUUUUUAUUUGUAGUAUGGAUACUUCUUAUUUGGGUCGUCGAUAUUCUCGUACUAGUUUGACUGAUGAUGAAGACCAACAUAACCGUAUGUCUGAUAUUGAAGAAUGUCCUCCUCCACCACUUCGUCGGCGAUCAUCUUCUUGCACUUCCAUUCCUGCAUCUCCUUCCACGUCUUCAUAUAAAAUGAGCAUAGAUUCAGACGACGCUCGUUCUAUUUCCUCUACAACUGGCAGUCGUGAUACCAGCAAUAACAACAACACUCCUAAAAACCGUUCAUUACCCACCGAUAGUUUACGUCGUCCAUUACAACAACAAGGUCGAUCUCCUCAACCUACGGAAACUUCAUUAUUUGGUACAAAAAAGGGUAGAACAAGGAUGAAUAGUGACCUAUGGACUUCACGAGAUACAAUCAUGGACACUUAUCACCCUACAGAAGAUAUUACCACCUCACCACGAUUAAGACCUAGUCGAUCCACUUCUUCUUUAUCUACCUUGGCAACAAAGAAUGCAACCAUAUCAACUCCGUCUAGCAGACAUUCAAAUGGAACGCCAGAAAGACGAUUUGUUCGACGGACCAGUUUAUUACCCAAAUCCAAGGCUUUGACACGAGUGAUGCAUCAGGCUGAAGAAGAGGUUCAUCUUGCUGAUUUAGAAAUGCGAAGAGAAAAUAGUACAACUCAACAUCUCAAAUCAAAACUAGUGGACGACACUUCUAUACCAUCUUCAUUUCCUACUUCUCCUCCUUUAUAUCAACCUUGGUCAUCUUCUCAUACCUCUCCUUCUACUACCCCAAUGGAUUUAUUUCCUUCAUCUUCUUCUUCAUUGACUUCUUCUCCUAUGGCAUAUCAAUGUUCCAAAUUGAAUCCUGAAAUUGAAAUGACAAAUUUUCAAUUUGAAAAUCUACCAGCACCAAUGCAAUCUUCUUUUCGAAGUGUCAAACGAAAAGCUUCAGAAGAUCGAUUGAUAGAUAAUUAUACCAUGAAUAACAACAAUAAUGGAUUACCUAUGACUAGUUUGAAAAGAAGAGCAGUAUCUCCAUCCAUUUCUUUAUCUGGUUCUCCUAUACUGUCUGCAACUCUCUCCAGUCCACCACAAACAUCACUCUCCUCAUCCUCCAUUUCCUCUGCGUCCUCACCUUGUUUAUCCUCUUCUAGUAGUGGUAAUGCUGCUGCUCGUGCACAACAAAAAGGUCAUUCGCAACCUGGUGGAUUCAAUCUAUACGAAGCAAGUGGUGGUCUCAGUCGGAUGUCCUUAAGUGAAUGAAUAAAAUUAUAAGAAAACAAGGGUCACCUUCUUCUUUUUUUUUAUAUGUCAUUCUGGUAUUUAGUUACUUUUAUUUGUUGUAGAUAUAUCCUUUUUGAUCUUUUUUUUUUUUUUGAAAUAAAAAUGAUGAUGAC